AUGUCGCACUACGACGACGCCUCCAACUUCUCCGACCUCAGCUCCCUCGAUGGCUCGGAUGAAUUCGGUCGCAAGCUUCUCCAACAUACAAAAGACGCCCAGCGCAUCUCGGCCUUGACAUCGUCGCACGCCUUUAGGAAAGCAAAGCCCCUGCCACGCGCCGCCCUCAGCCUCGACAACCUCGAGCGCAACAAUGUCUACAAUCCGCCUUCGCAUCAGCCCGAACACCAUCCAGCUAGCCUCUCUGGCAGCACCGCAUCCGAUCCCCCAUUGAACCCGCCGCGAGCAUGGGGGAGAAAAGGAAGACCAAAUCACGCGUGGAUGCGGCAGAUCCACGACCAGUCCCUGACCAACAUACAAUCGAGUCCCAAUAUCGACUGGGCAGAUGCUGCAAACGACUCAAUAUACUCGUCUGCCCAUGUCUCUCCGCCAACAAGACACGCCCAUACCAUUGAGAGACAAGCAAUCGUCGAAGAGCGGGACAGUCAUAUCGACCAGUGGAACCUAGACCAAGACUUUAGUGCCGCCUCGCUCCUGGUCUCCACACCUGCCGUACCUUCACGUUCUCGCUUGACUAUUGAUCAGAUCCGCGAGCGUGAAGUUCAGAUCUACGAAGCUCGCGCUUCCUCGUCCACUCGUCACCAAGCAAGACAACAGACAGUAAACGAGACAGUAUCGCCUUCCUACCGAGACAACUAUGCAGGACCUAGCUCAGCGCAGGGUCCCAAACCAACCAUUUCCAAUAAAGAGAACAUACCCCUGGCACCGCGUCAGUCAGCCCGAUCCCUGUACAAAACUGUCGAGACCAGCGAAAUGCCUGCCAUUACUCCACGACCUGCACAGCGAAAGGCAGACUCCCUGGCAUUGCUUAAAAGGCUGUCUAGGACUCCAAGCGCUUCGCCCUCACCUACCUCAGCCAAGGAUACCAUGCCAGCAACCAAUCCUCCUCACCAGGAUACUGCGUGGUCGGACAAAUACCCAAAGCAGUCUACGCGAUCGUUGUUCAGGGGAGAUUCACCGCAAGCUCCUGAAGUCGUCAAAGGCCCUGAGCUCGUUUACGUUGAGCAGGGUGACUCAUCACAAGCACCCGAAGUAGUCGAGAUUCCAGAACCUGCGCCUUCGGAACCCAUGGUCACUCCCUCAAGACCACCCGAGCGACAGUUACCUGCGAAGACUCCUGUGGUGAUGGGCGCCUGGAUCGAUACACCACAGACUACUCGUCAGUCGAACCAUGCUGCUACAUCUCGGGUCGAUCGACGACCUUCCGAACCUGUCCAGUCAGUCGCUGAAGAUUUACAUCAGCGUUCGAUCAGCGAACCGAGUUUGCCCUCUUCUGCAUUGGAUGCUGUACUCAAAGAUCUCCGGAACGGAAAGCGGCGAGAAGACGACGAUCCAACGCUUGGUGACUCCACCAUUGCCAGUUUGGAGGACGUUAUGGCCCCCUCUGCCGACAAUACUCUGAGACUUGACCUUCCGAACGUACCAUUGGCCCAGCUUCCAAAUUCGCAGGCAAACAAUAAGCAGGAUACAACCCGUGUGAAUACCGCGAAGGAAAAGCAAGAGCCAAAGUCUGGUUCCAAGGAUGAUGCACAGAUUUCACAACAAGACGCAGACCUACGGCAGAGAUGGUCCGCUCUUGGAGGGGUCAAGAAGAUGUUGAGCGGCACAAGUGUCACAUCCAAACCAAAAUCUCAGACCAACAACAGCCGUGCUUUGGAUGAAGCUAUCGCAUCCGCCUCGAGGGGGUCUAUCUCUCGGUCGAGCGAUACUCAAGGUGGUCAUCAGCAUGUAGCAGGCACACAAUGUGUACAAUGCGGACGACCAACCAGUGUGCUUCGCGCCGCGUGGAAUGAGUAUUGGGGCUGGUAUUUCCGUCGCAGUACUCGAGCUCCGCUAGGCUUCCGAUUGACUUGGCUCGGACUGGCAUGCACAUUGUUUUGGAUAUGGCUAGUCAUCGAAUGGACGCUCAGCUCCAUCGUCAGUCCCCCGAGAUUUGCGACUAAGAUGCACGGAUUUGGUGUAGACCCGCACGCACCACGCUUCCCUUAUGUUCUACCCACACUGGCAUCACGGCCCUUGACUCCGUUGAUAUCCCCGCUCGCAUCUUCGGCUGCAUGGUUGUGGACAGUCGUCUGGGGGCAACAAAGAUACAAGUACUACCCAGCUUCCCCGGGAGCUUGGGGUUCGGCUGCAAAAGUAAAGAUUGGACCUCCUGGCCCACGGUCGGCGUACUACACUAGCAACAAUAUAGUGGACGAUGUACGAUGGGCGGACCAAGAGACUGCAGGCCAUGCACGGCAUGCGCAGGAAGACGCUCAGCGGAAUACUUGGAGCGCAUGGGAAACCACGGGCGAUGGGAGUAUGCUCGAAGAUGAGAUUAUCAUCUGA